AAUUGUGUGAAGUGGAAUAAAAUCGCUUGAUACUUAUGGUUGUUCAUUUGAGAAGAGCAGAAUUAUCUAACAGCAUCGUAUCUAAAGUUGAGGAAUAUUUCCAGUCGCAAGAAUGGAUAUAGAUUCUUUGUUUUAAUGAAAAACAACACAUUUUUCUCCUACUAAUGGUUAAUUGAAAAAUACAAGAAAAAGAGAAGGAACUGCAAAAAUGUAUCUAUACAAUUUGACUCUUCAACGUGCCACGGGUAUCACCCAUGCGGUGCAUGGCAAUUUCUCUGGUAGUAAAAUGCAAGAGAUUUUGGUGUCACGUGGCAAGUCGUUGGAGUUAUUAAGACCUGAUCCAAACACUGGGAAGGUUCAUACUUUGUUAACUGUAGAAGUGUUUGGAAUUAUAAGGUCUUUAAUGGCCUUUAGAUUGACUGGUGGUACGAAAGACUAUAUUGUUGUUGGGUCUGAUUCUGGGCGCAUUGUAAUUCUGGAGUACAUCCCUGCCAAAAAUGUGUUCGAGAAGGUACAUCAAGAGACGUUCGGCAAGAGUGGAUGUAGACGCAUUGUACCUGGACAAUACUUAGCCAUAGAUCCAAAAGGGAGAGCUGUAAUGAUAGGUGCAAUCGAGAAGCAGAAACUUGUUUACAUUUUAAAUAGAGAUCCAGAAGCUCGUCUUACAAUUUCCUCCCCUUUGGAAGCACACAAGAGCAAUACAUUGGUUUAUCAUACUGUAGGGGUAGACGUGGGUUUUGAAAAUCCUAUGUUUGCCUGUCUAGAAAUCGAUUACGAGGAAGCUGACAGCGACCCUACGGGAGAUGCAGCGAUAAAGACACAACAAACGUUAACUUUGUACGAGCUUGAUUUGGGUUUGAAUCAUGUUGUACGCAAGUAUAGCGAACCUCUGGAAGAGCACGCAAAUUUUCUCGUCUCUGUUCCGGGAGGGAACGAUGGACCGAGUGGCGUUCUUAUUUGUUCUGAAAAUUAUCUGACGUACAAAAAUUUAGGAGACCAGCACGACAUUCGUUGCCCUAUUCCGCGAAGACGUAAUGACUUGGACGAUCCGGAGAGAGGCAUGAUAUUCGUGUGUUCUGCUACUCAUAAGACUAAGAGCAUGUUUUUUUUCUUGGCUCAAACGGAACAAGGCGAUAUUUUUAAGAUUACACUCGAGACAGACGAAGACAUGGUGACUGAAAUUAAAUUGAAAUACUUUGAUACUGUACCUGUUGCGGCAAGCAUGUGCGUUUUGAAAACCGGUUUCUUAUUUGUAGCUUCGGAAUUUGGCAACCAUUACCUUUACCAAAUUGCACAUUUAGGAGAUGAUGACGACGAACCGGAAUUCAGCUCUGCCAUGCCAUUGGAAGAAGGUGACACGUUCUUUUUUGCACCGAGGCCGCUUAGGAAUUUAGUAUUGGUCGAUGAAAUGGACAGCUUAUCGCCGAUAAUGGCGUGUCAGGUAGCAGAUUUAGCAAAUGAGGAUACUCCAGAAUUAUAUAUAACGUGUGGUAGAGGGCCUCGGUCUACAUUACGAGUGUUACGGCAUGGUUUGGAAGUAUCUGAAAUGGCGGUCAGCGAACUGCCUGGUAAUCCAAACGCUGUGUGGACUGUUAAAAGAAGAGUCGAUGAGGAGUAUGAUGCUUACAUCAUAGUGUCCUUCGUCAAUGCUACUCUUGUACUUAGUAUCGGAGAAACAGUAGAGGAAGUGACUGAUUCUGGAUUUCUUGGUACUACACCAACGCUCAGUUGUUCCGCUUUGGGAGAAGAUGCCCUAGUUCAAGUAUAUCCUGAUGGGAUACGUCACAUUCGAGCAGACAAACGUGUAAACGAAUGGAAAGCUCCUGGUAAAAAGACCAUAGUGAAGUGUGCAGUGAAUCAACGACAGGUUGUGAUUGCACUCACUGGAGGAGAGUUGGUAUACUUCGAGAUGGAUACCACGGGUCAGCUGAAUGAAUAUACGGAACGAAAGAAAAUGCCGUCGGAAGUGAUGUGCAUGGCUCUGGGCAACGUGGCAAUCGGUGAACAGAGAUCGUGGUUUUUGGCUGUCGGCCUUCAAGACAAUACAGUGAGGAUUAUUUCCCUGGAUCCUUCGGAUUGUCUGGCACCCAGGAGCAUGCAAGCUCUACCGGCAGCCGCGGAAAGUUUGUGCAUCGUCGAGAUGGGUGCCAAAGAUGCGAACAAUUCCGAGGAGCUGUCGCCGCAACAGUCCAGUCUUUACUUAAACAUAGGUUUGCAAAAUGGCGUUUUGCUGAGAACGGUAUUGGAUCCGAUUUCGGGUGAUCUCGCUGACACGCGAACGCGAUACCUUGGCUCCCGAGCCGUCAAAUUGUUCAGGAUAAAAAUGCAGGGCAAUCAAGCGGUGCUGGCGAUGAGCAGCCGAUCGUGGCUGAGUUACUACUAUCAAAAUCGUUUCCACUUAACGCCGCUGUCCUACGAGAGUCUGGAAUUCGCCUCGGGCUUCAGCUCCGAACAGUGUCCGGAGGGAAUCGUGGCCAUUUCGACCAACACGCUUCGGAUUCUCGCCCUUGAGAAACUCGGCGCUGUGUUCAAUCAGAUCAGCUUCCCGCUGGAGUACACGCCGAGGAAAUUUGCGAUUCACUCGGAUUCCGCGCACCUGAUAAUCAUCGAGACGGAGCACAACGCUUACACAGAGGAGACGAAGCAGCAGAGAAGGUUACAAAUGGCAGAGGAGAUGCAAGAAGCCGCAGGAGCCGAAGAGGCUAUCGUAGCGAGAGAACUGGCGGAGGCUUUCUUGUCCGAAGAGCCGAAUGAAGCUGUGUUUGGCGCGCCAAGAGCCGGGCCAGGUUUAUGGGCGUCGUUAAUCAGGAUAAUAGCCCCUACAACAGGGCAAACGUUCGAAGUGCAUCGACUCGAACAGAAUCUAGCUGCUCUAUGUUUGAGCCUCGUGAAGUUUGCCAAUCAGGGAGAUCAGUUGUUUCUCAUUGUUGGUAUCGCGAAGGAAUUCCAGCUGAAUCCAAGAGUUAGCAGCGGAGGUUUUCUAUACACGUACAAAGUAAACGGUGACUGUACCAAUCUCGAAUUGGUGCACAAAACUACUUUGGAUGAAGUACCCCUGGCCAUAUGUCCGUACCAAGGAAGGGUGUUGGUCGGUGUCGGUAGAAUGUUACGUUUGUACGACAUGGGGAAAAAGAAGUUGUUGAGAAAAUGCGAGAACAAACAUAUUCCCAACGCUGUUGUUUCCAUCAACGCGAUUGGACAAAGAAUCUACGUGAGCGAUGUACAAGAGUCCGUGUACGCUGUCAGAUAUAAACGUCAAGAGAAUCAACUCAUCGUGUUCGCCGACGAUACGCACCCGAGGUGGAUAACGACAACGUGCGUGCUGGAUUAUGACACUGUUGCUACCGCUGAUAAAUUUGGGAACAUUGCUGUUAUACGUUUGGCAAGUGGAAUUAACGACGAUGUGGACGAAGAUCCAACUGGGAAUAAGGCUUUAUGGGACAGGGGUUUGUUAAACGGGGCCAGUCAAAAGGCGGACACAGUUGCUUGCUUUCACGUUGGCGAAACUGUUAUGUCGUUGCAAAAGGCGACUCUUAUUCCCGGCGGUUCCGAGAGUUUGGUGUACACCACACUAAGCGGGACUGUUGGCGUUCUCGUUCCGUUCACGAGCCACGAGGAUCACGAUUUUUUCCAACAUUUGGAGAUGCACAUGCGCUCAGAGCAUCCGCCACUCUGCGGGAGAGAUCAUUUGUCGUUCAGGUCGUACUAUUAUCCGGUGAAGAACGUUAUAGACGGUGAUCUUUGCGAGCAAUUCAAUUCCAUCGAACCGGCGAAACAGAAAAGUAUAUCUGGUGAUCUCGAACGAACAUCUUCCGAAGUGUCGAAGAAACUCGAGGAUAUUCGUACGCGAUAUGCUUUCUAAUGCUUUUUUUUUUUCUUUUUUUUUGGAAUAUAAUUUAUUGUCGAAUUAUUACGAAUUUGCAUUCCGUUUUUAUAAAUUUAACAUACUUUUCGUAAUGACGAAUGAUCAAAUCAUUUGUAAAAAAAAAAAAAAGAGGAUAACACUAUGUGGAUAUUGUUUUUAGUAAGCUGAUUACGUGAUAAAAGUAACGACGUUGAAUAUGACGGUAGAAGAUCAUAAACGAGAAUUAUUUAAGUUAAAAGAAAAAGUAGUUUAUUUUUGAUUGAAUAAUAUUUAAAGUACCAAAUUACUUUGGCCAUGUAAAUUUCUAUUUUACGUGUUUGUCGUUUGUUUAAAAAAACUGUAACACGAAAAUUGUAAUUUUUUUCAUUAAUUUAAAGUUACUGUAUGUCCGAUUGAUUUUCUAAGACUAAAUGUAUAUAUACGUCGAAUCUGUAUGCUGCAAGUUCGGAAACGAAACUACGUUAAGAAAUAUAAUUUUGUCAACAAUAUUUUACAAUAAUAUUGAAAACAUUCUAAGAAUUUUUUUUAUACUUUCAAUUAGCUUGUUAGUGCGACGAGGUGUCGUGCAAUAAUUUAUUUAGUUCAUGUUUGCCACAGUUUAGCGCGGGA